AUGGGGGGCAUCUUGUGCCUGGACAAUGUGGUGCAGGGCCGCAGCUCCCAGGUGCGACGCCUGCGCAAGGGACCAAGCGUUCGCGCAGGUGACCCGGAGCGGCGAGCCUUCCUGGCCUGGCCGCGCUGCCCGGCGUGGGCGUCUGGGAUCCCAGCGGCCGCACCCAUCGGGAGGGCACAAAGGGCGCGCCGAGGCCCGGCUGGAGACCCCGUGGUCCCCGCCAACCCGUGGGGUCGCUGCAAGGGCCCCUCCCCGGCUGCAUGGACGCGGCUGGCGUGGAACCAUCCCCAAGUCGACCUGGACACUGCUUCGAACAAGCGCCCCGCUCGGCGCCGCCACCACCUCUGGGAAGCCCUCCGGCACUGCGCCAGUGUCCGCUACAGCCGCUUCGGGCCCCGCGCCCCCCCUCCCGGCCCUGGCGCGCUCAAUCGCUGCAGAGCUCCGAGGGGCCACUCGGGGCGGGCGCGCGGCGGCGGGAGCAGCUGCGCGGUCAUCCGACCCGGGACAAAGGCGCGCCCGCCGGUGCUGGGCCAGGUAAACACGCGCUUUGUCAUGGAGAUGAGCGCGGGACAGCCCGAGCAGAUGAUCCGCGGGCUCGGGAAGCGGCGGCCGCGGCCCGGGGCGGGGGAGGGGAGCGGCGCGGGGGCGGCCUCGGACUGGUGCAGGGACACCGUGAGCGCGCGGACUCCGGGGUCCCCGGGGGCGCCGCGCUCGCCCCCAGCCCUGCCCUGCAUGCCGGCUUUGCGCUCCCGGACGCAGAGCCGCCGUCCUCGGCCGGUGGCUGGUCGGUGUCGGACCUUCCCAAACUUCCCCAAACUGCCGCUGCGCUCGCCGCCCUCUGCCCUUUUCUCCUCGCGCCCGCCCCCUUCCUACCGAGCCCCCGGCCCCCGCCCCCCCCACCUCCCCCGCCAGGCUCCUCCGGAGGAAGGGGCUGCCCUGGAGAAGGAGCGGCCCCGGGGCCCCAGACCCCGGGACACGGCCCGCGCAGGGAGACGGCGGGCGGACGCCGCGGCGGCCCCGAGAGUUUCUUUCCCAGGCCGCGUCCGGCCGCUCCAGGCCGGCAGCACUCGGCGGGGCUGGAGGCGCCGCGCCGCCCCCGCGCGUCCCCGCGUGUCCCCGCGGGCCUCCGCGGGCCUGUGGCCGGCGGGAGAGCCAAGGGGCCGGAGCCGCGGCCCCCGCCUCGGGAGCGGAGAGGACUCUCGCGGCGAACAUUUUGCAGGAAUGUAA